AUGGCCGCUGACACGGGUAUGGAUACUUGCCCAAGUCCGGAAAUUACGGACUCCAGGAAACGACCGCUUGAUGGAGAUUCAGAAAAUGGAGACAUCAAAAGAUCACAUUUUAGCUCAGUUCAAGACUUGGUGACGGCCUUGCCACUGGCCAACGGCCAUGGCAAUAUAACGUCUCAUUUUGCAGUGGAGCCAACGUACCACUUCAAGGUCCUGGUGCCUUCAAUGGUGGCGGGUGCCAUCAUCGGCAAGGGCGGCGAGACCAUCGCCCAGCUGCAGAAGGACACCGGUGCGAGAGUCAAGAUGUCCAAAUCCCAUGACUUUUACCCCGGCACUACGGAGCGAGCUUGCCUGAUCACCGGCUCGGUAGACGGAAUCAUGAUGGUGCUGGACUUCAUCAUGGAGAAGAUUAAAGAAAAACCCGAGUUGGUUAAGCCGUUCCCGGAGGGCGUCGACGCCAAGAUGCCUCAAGAUAGGGAUAAACAGGUCAAAAUCUUGGUACCGAACUCCACCGCCGGCAUGAUCAUCGGCAAGGGCGGUAACUAUAUCAAGCAGAUCAAGGAGCAAAGCGGCAGCUACGUGCAGAUAUCGCAGAAGGCCAAAGAACUCUCGCUUCAGGAGAGGUGCAUAACUGUUGUGGGUGAAAAAGAGAACAAUAAGAAAGCAUGCCUCAUGAUCCUGCAGAAGGUUGUGGACGAUCCGCAGUCCGGCUCGUGUCCGAACGUGUCGUACGCUGACGUUGCGGGUCCAGUCGCCAACUACAACCCGACCGGCUCGCCGUACGCCGUGCCCACCACUGAGGUGACCGAGGGCCACGCGCUGGGCGGGUCUGUGGGUGGCGGGGGCGUGGGCGUGGGCUCGGUGGGGUCGGUGCUGGUGAACGGCGGCGCGGGGCUCGGCGCGCUGUCGCUGUCAUUGUCGCUGGCGCCACCCGGCACGCCGCCCGCCUCACCGCUUACGCAGCACACGCUCGACCACAUCAAGGUGGCGCUGCGGCAGGCGGGCUACUCGGAGGCGGGCAUCUCGGAGAUCGGCGCGGCGCUGUCGCUGCUGGUGAAGCACGGCGUGCUUGGACUGGCGCUGCCCGCCGCGCUGCCGCCCGCGCCGCUGUCGGCCGCCUACUUCCCGCUGCCGGCGCAGGACUCGCCCGCGGUCUUCGGUCCGCUCGGCCAGGUCGGCCUCGGCGGCGCGCGCGGCGGCUCGUUAGAGCGUUUCGCGGAGGUUGCAUUCGAGGCGCUUCGCCCCCCAGCCGUGGCGCCGAUUGCGCUGGCGGCCGGCGGCGGCGGAGUGGGGAGUGGCGGCGGGGUGGGGGGAGUGGCCGGCUUCCCCUCGGCGUCGCUGCUGCCGCUCUCCAAGAGCCCCACGCCGGCCGACGCCGGCGCUAAGGACUCCAAGAAUAUGGAGAUCCCCGAGGUCAUCGUCGGCGCCAUACUCGGCCCUGGUGGGAGAAGCCUCGUCGAGAUCCAGCAAAUGUCGGGCGCGAAUAUACAAAUCUCCAAGAAGGGUACUUUCGCGCCUGGUACACGCAACCGUAUAGUCACCAUCACCGGAACGCAAACCGCCAUUAGCAACGCCCAAUACCUCAUCGAACAGAAAAUACAAGAGGAGGAGUUGAAACGGACCCGCCACAACGCCAUCUCGGGUCUCAUGCAGUAG